CGACUGAUCGUGGCUUUAAGAACCUCAGUUAGUCUCGCCGCAUUUAAAGAAGCUUAAGUUAUGAUUGCAAGCAGAAUAUACAGAAUAUUUCGAUGAUCUAUAAUUGUUGUUAAAGUGAUGUAUUAUUUUAAUGCUAAAGCUGAUCAACUCUCAGAGGAACAAAUUGCAGAAUUCAAAGAGGCUUUCUCACUCUUUGAUAAGGAUGGAGAUGGCACAAUCACCACCAAGGAACUUGGAACAGUGAUGAGAUCUCUCGGACAAAACCCAACUGAAGCAGAACUUCAGGAUAUGAUUAAUGAAGUAGAUGCAGAUGGUAAUGGAACAAUUGACUUUCCAGAAUUUCUUACCAUGAUGGCCAAGAAGAUGAGAGAAACUGACAGUGAAGAGGAAAUCAGAGAGGCUUUCCGAGUGUUUGAUAAAGAUGGCAAUGGUUUUAUCAGUGCCUCUGAGUUGCGACAUGUGAUGACAAACCUGGGAGAGAAACUUACAGAUGAAGAAGUUGAUGAGAUGAUUCGAGAAGCAGACAUUGAUGGAGAUGGACAAGUCAAUUAUGAAGAGUUUGUUAAGAUGAUGACAAGCAAGUAAAGUUUUGACCAUUCUUCAUUGUUUUUUCCUAAAAGCAAUGAAAGAAAAUGGAUUAAACAAUUGUCUGGAAGUGUUUGAUCAGUCAAUCAAUAUCUGUAUCAGCUACAUUACAUUUUUGCUUCCUUACUACAUUGGGAGGACAUUUAAUUGUGAUUUAAUUUAUUAUCACUGUGAGCUGUAAGUUUUAUUCCAUUAAAUUAUUUAAGAAUUUUUAUCCCAUAAUAUUACUGACCAGGAAAAUUUAUUUAAAAAGUGGUCCUUAGAACUUGGUGUUAAAGUGAGUAAUCAAUAUUACACCAUAGCACUAAAAAAAAAUUGUAGGUUUUUUAUGGGUAUUUGAUUAUUCAAAAGAUUCACAAACACAAGUUCUUUCAAGAGGGGAAAAGAAACUUACAAGAACAACAAAAACAAAAAACAAAACAAAACAAAAAAAAAUGCACAAAUUCUCCUUUUUUUCAGUCCAGUUAAAAACUCCUGUUUUUAUUCACUUGUGUUACCAGGGUGAAGAAAAAUGUCAUUAACAUGGUUAUUUAUUCCAAACUGCUUUUGUCACAAUAAAUAUUACACACCUUAUUGAAAAGGAGUUGUAAACUUAAUACAGUAAUAAUGAUAUUGAAUGAGGGAACCCAAUUAACAAAGGUGGUUUUCAGUGAGAGCCUCAGGCAUAAGGUUGCUUUCUGUGGGUUCUAUGUUUGUUCAAGUACACUGGCACACAUUCAAUUUUUCAGUGGAUUUCAGUGACACUAAUGUUUCACCAAGAUGAGAAAUUAUGUGCAAAUUCUUUCUAUUUCACAAAAAAUAAUAUUCUCUGAGGCUUUGUAAAACUCAUUUUAUCUCUGGAAACACAUACACCUCAUUAACUCAAGUAAUUGAGGGCACUUGAGCUAACUUCCAUGACCAGACAUUUUAUUCCUUUUAGGUUUGUAAUCAGAAACAGCACAACUGUUGGCUGUAUAUUUCCAUAUCAGAUUAUUCUCGGUUAUGUUUAUGAGAUUUAACUUUAUUCUGACCUUCCAAUGAAUGAAUAAUCUAUAUGUCAAAUGUUGCUGUCAGACAAAAAGUUUUUGUCCAUUCUUUAGCAAUGGGCCAUCUCUGAAGGGGUGCAAUCAAACCUCUGUUUGAAAGCUUCUAAAGGGAAUUUGUA